AUGAGUUAGAUAUCCUAUUUUUCAAAAUCACUUACUUGUAGAGAAAUAGGAAGUCAUCUUUAUAAUCCUAUUGAUUUAACUAUAGAAUGCUACGAAGCCAGUAUAGUUAAAUAUCUAUAUCCUUUCUCUUUAUCAGUUUUAAGUUUUUGGACUCUCUUCCCAUUAGUACUUCUAAAUUAAAUUAAAAAAAACAGGAAAAAAUUAGAUUAGUGUCUAAUCAAAUAUAAAUACGGUUAUUACUAUGGAGAAUUAAAAGAUAAAUAUUACUAUUGGGAAUUCAUUAGAAUUUAUUUAAAGAUUGCUAUCAUUUAUUUAUAUACUUUAUUAUCUAGAAAUAACUAAUAUACUGCAAUCCUAGCGAUUACAAUACUUAUAUACUAAUAUAUUAAAAUAAUAUCCUAGAAUAAUCCUUUUAUUUCAUUUAGCAUAUAAAAGUGUGAGAUAGCAUCUUAUAGUCUUAUUAUAUUGAAGAUUUUUCUAUUAGCAAUAUAAAGUUAAAAUCCAUAAAUCUAAACAUUGAUAGAAAUAUCUCAAAUAUUUAUCGAUUAUUUUUUCUUUUUUUGUUUCUUGCUAAUAGUAAUGGGAAUAAUUUUAAGCAGUUCGAAGUCUAAAUUAAUGAUUUUUGUAAAAGAACAAUUAUCAAAAAUAAUAUCUUUAAAAUCAUUAAAUAAAUUCAUUAAAAAUAAACAUGUUUCUUUUAAAGCAUACCAGAAAUGGAAAUUAGUCUACAAAAUGUUUAGAUAAAGCUUAAAAUACCAUUAAAAAUUAAAGAAAAAGAAGAUUAUCUUAAAUAUAAAAAAUCAGUAAAAUCUUUAGAAUAUCAAAAACAAGUAGAUUCUUUAAGUUAAAAAUAAUAAUUUGAUUCUCUAGAGUAAUUAGACUACUUAAUAUAAUUAUUCUAAGUUUAAUUCUUUAAGCCCACAUUAAAGAUGUAUAGACAUUGGUUCUGCUGAAUAAUUUAUUUGA